AUUUAAGUGUAGCUAAUUCUUAUCAACGACACUGCAAGUAGUCACGUUUUUUAAACUGCUGGCAUGGCCGUACCGACCAGGUUUGAUUAUACUGUUAAAAUUAUUUUACUCGGGGAUCCCAGCGUUGGGAAGAGCUCGCUUCUGAACUCGCUUGCACAGCAACAGGAGUCGAAGGAAUGCAGAUGUGUCGACUACAGGCCCAACGGCCAUGUUGAGUUGGCCAUGGCCCGUGGGGGGAAAAGGAUCCUGGCAAAAAUCGUCGACACAGGAGGACAAGAAAGAUUUCGCAGCAUAACCGCAUCGUUCUACCGCGGUGCUUUGGGGUGCUUUCUAAUGUUUGACGCCGAGAAGGUGGACACGUUCAGACACGUCCAGAACUGGCACAACGAUCUGGACAUGUACACAUGCAAGCAGCCCAUGUCCAUCUUCCUGCUGGGGAUCAACACCCAGUCGACCAAACGACAGGUCACCCCCGAACAGGCCGAGCGCUUGGCGAGCCAGCUUGAGGUCCAGUUCCAUGAGGUCACCCUCGCCAGACGAUCUAACGCCGUGGAGGUCGUCUUCAGCUUGCUGGAUAAGAUCAUCAUCCACGCCUCACGUCUGCCCUCCGUGACGGUGGAUAUUCUACCCUACCAGGUACAGCAGCAUUUGGCCGAGAAGGCCGCACUGGCAAGUGACGACAGUCGGAAGAAGUUUCACUGCGCAUGUUGAUGUGCGCACGCUGAUGUGCGCGUAAUGCCUGAUGUUCUGAUAAAGGGAAGUCGCCCUGGUAUUUAGGACAGGGAGACUAAUUUGGGUAAUCUUUGGUGUUAGUUAAAACUCCAGCCAGUUUUAUUGUGUGUCAAUUGUUUAAUCGUAUGUACAAUUUUCAAUUAUGUAUAAGGUGUUUUAUUA